AUGAGGAGGUGGUGGUGGUCCUCCCGGGACCUGAUGUCGUGCCUGGCAGCGGCGGUGCUGUGGGGGGCCAUGAUCAAAAGAAUCACGGUGGCCCCUGGGAAUGGAACAAACUUCUCUGUGGCGACUUGGUCGGCAGACGGCACUCCAUGCCCUUCCCCUUCCAAGUCCUCGUCAUCUUCAUCCAGGAGCAUGAAUGUACUUAUCACCAUCGCCAUCGUGGUGGUCGCGAUCGGCGCGGUCCUAGCAGUUGCCGGCGUCAUCGCGGUGGUCCAGGCCCGCCGCAACGAGUCACGCAAUGCCGGAGUCACCGAAACACAAGGCGGUAGCCCCGACGCCGCCAAGGUCACCUCUGCUCCGGCCGUCAAGAUCGAGAAGGGUGGCAUGGAUCAGCACGGCGGCGUAGUGACGCCCACGGCCGGGAAGCGCGGCGCGGCCAACUUCGGCGCGUCCUACAAGGCGACCCUACUGAACGGGCCAUCCCUGGUAGUGAAGCGGUUCAAGGACAUGAACGGCGUCGGGCACGAGGACUUCUCGGAGCACAUGCGCCGGCUGGGGCAGCUCGUCCACCCCAACCUCCUCCCCGUCAUCGCCUACCUCUAUAAGAAGGAGGAGAAGCUGCUCGUCACGGACUACAUGGCGAUGAUGGUGGCGUACAAGUCCCCGAGUCGCGGCGCGCGCGGCGACCGGGCGGAAGAGCGACGUGUGGAGCCAGGGCAUCCUCAUCCCGGAGGUGCCGACGGAGUGACGGGCAAGUUCCCGCCAACUACCUCCGGCAGGCCGCAGCGGGCAUCGACCUCUCCGGGUGGGUCAACUCGGUGGUGCGGAGGAGUCAACUCCGCGGGUGUUCGACAACGACAUGCGGGGGCCGCGAGCGGCGAGGGCCAGAUGGGGAAGCUCCUCCAGGUCGGGCUCGGCUGCUGCGAGCCCAACGUGGGCCGGCGCUGGGGCCUCGAGGAGGCGCUCAUGCGCAUCGAGGAGCUCUGGGAGUGCAACAACGCCGACGACAGCAGCACCGCCUCGUCGUUCUUGAGCGACAGAGAGCCGGCGACGGCGUCACGGCCACCAGGCGAGCCACAGUCGCACUCCGAAUAG